AUGUUUUCGGUUGGCAAGUGUGUUAUUCCAUCAACACCACCGUCCCAUACUCCCUCCCGCUCCAUCUCCGAUCUACAACCCUCCGCCGGCCUCCCUCCGCCAACGACGCCAGCCCCGCCAGCGACGCCGACGUCGACAGUCCCGGCAGCAACUCCGAAACCACCGCCUCUUCUCCCUCCCACCGGUUAUAGCGGUUUUGCGAGACACGUCAGCGAUUCCGUGUGA